AUGUUGGAUUUAUUGCCUUGCAUUUUUGUGUCCAUAGGAGGCACUGCAGGGCCAGCCAGGUUGGUGGUGAUGAUUGUACCAUCUGCUGAAAAAUGGGAGGCGAGUCCUGCCGUGUCGACUUCUGGUGGGACAAGAGUGGUGUGCCCAAAACUUCUCAGGGUGUUUGGGGUGUGCGGCGGGCUGUUUGGGGUGUGCGGCGGGCUGUUUGGGGUGUGCGGCGGGCUGUUUGGGGGUGCGCGGCGGGCUGUUUGGGGGUGCGCGGCGGGCUGUUUGGGGGUGCGCGGCGGGCUGUUUGGGGGUGCGCGGCGGGCUGUUUGGGGGUGCGCGGCGGGCUGUUUGGGGGUGCGCGGCGGGCUGUUUGGGGGUGCGCGGCGGGCUGUUUGGGGGUGCGCGGCGGGCUGUUUGGGGGGUGCGCGGCGGGCUGUUUGGGGGGUGCGCGGCGGGCUGUUUGGGGGUGCGCGGCGGGCUGUUUGGGGGGUGCGCGGCGGGCUGUUUGGGGGUGCGCGGCGGGCUGUUUGGGGGUGCGCGGCGGGCUGUUUGGGGGUGCGCGGCGGGCUGUUUGGGGGUGCGCGGCGGGCUGUUUGGGGGUGCGCGGCGGGCUGUUUGGGGGUGCGCGGCGGGCUGUUUGGGGGUGCGCGGCGGGCUGUUUGGGGGGUGCGCGGCGGGCUGUUUGGGGGUGCGCGGCGGGCUGUUUGGGGGUGCGCGGCGGGCUGUUUGGGGGUGCGCGGCGGGCUGUUUGGGGGGUGCGCGGCGGGCUGUUUGGGGGUGCGCGGCGGGCUGUUUGGGGGUGCGCGGCGGGCUGUUUGGGGGUGCGCGGCGGGCUGUUUGGGGGGUGCGCGGCGGGCUGUUUGGGGGUGCGCGGCGGGCUGUUUGGGGGUGCGCGGCGGGCUGUUUGGGGGUGCGCGGCGGGCUGUUUGGGGGUGCGCGGCGGGCUGUUUGGGGGUGCGCGGCGGGCUGUUUGGGGGUGCGCGGCGGGCUGUUUGGGGGGUGCGCGGCGGGCUGUUUGGGGGUGCGCGGCGGGCUGUUUGGGGGUGCGCGGCGGGCUGUUUGGGGGUGCGCGGCGGGCUGUUUGGGGGUGCGCGGCGGGCUGUUUGGGGGUGCGCGGCGGGCUGUUUGGGGGUGCGCGGCGGGCUGUUUGGGGGUGCGCGGCGGGCUGUUUGGGGGUGCGCGGCGGGCUGUUUGGGGGUGCGCGGCGGGCUGUUUGGGGGUGCGCGGCGGGCUGUUUGGGGGUGCGCGGCGGGCUGUUUGGGGGUGCGCGGCGGGCUGUUUGGGGGUGCGCGGCGGGCUGUUUGGGGGUGCGCGGCGGGCUGUUUGGGGGUGCGCGGCGGGCUGUUUGGGGGUGCGCGGCGGGCUGUUUGGGGGUGCGCGGCGGGCUGUUUGGGGGUGCGCGGCGGGCUGUUUGGGGGUGCGCGGCGGGCUGUUUGGGGGUGCGCGGCGGGCUGUUUGGGGGUGCGCGGCGGGCUGUUUGGGGGUGCGCGGCGGGCUGUUUGGGGGGUGCGCGGCGGGCUGUUUGGGGGUGCGCGGCGGGCUGUUUGGGGGUGCGCGGCGGGCUGUUUUGGUUGGGGUGCACCACUUUUUGAUGUACCACCAGACAUACUGGAACAUCUCUGGGCUGGAAUGCCACAGAUCUGGAAGAUUUCGACACAGCAGUGGCAGCAGUGA